AUUUCCGAUAACAAAACGACUCCAUCUUGCAAAACAAACCGGGGAGAAGGUUGUCACUUCGGGGAUGUAGCUACUAGCCCUUGAAAUAAAAUUUAGGGCGUUAGCUAACGAUACGGAUGGGCGAUUAAGGCUGCCCAGUGCGUUUAGGAGUAGUGGGCUAUUCAUUGCUGUCAGAGAUCACUUUCUCUGCAGAGAGAAAAUCCACCACAUCUCCUGUGUUGUGCUAUUGUUGGUGCAGGUUUUCGACUUUGCAUCACGGCAAUGUGGGAGUAAGUCUAAAAGGAACUUAAAAGAAUACAUACCCAAGGAGGACUGCAGGAUUGAACAAUAUAGAAUCGUCCCUUGUUGCAGAACGUGGCAGUCCUCCUUACUAUGAAACAUGGACCCAGGAGUAGUCGACAGUCCUGUUACCCUUGUCAUCAAGGCGCCAAACCAGAAGUAUGACGACCAGACUAUAAACUGUUUCUUGAACUGGACAGUGGAGAAACUGAAAACGCACUUAUCGAAGGUGUACCCCAGUAAGCCGUCUUCCAAGGAUCAGAGGUUGGUGUAUUCUGGUCGGCUCCUCCUGGAUCACCUGCAGCUCAGAGACGUGCUCAGGAAGCAAGAUGAGUACCAUAUGGUUCACUUGGUGUGUGCAUGUCAGAGCCCACCUCGAUCCCCCCUGCCUGCCAGUAGCGUUGGUCCCCCUGGAGUUCCCAUCCCCAGCCCCUCGGUGAGUGACUCCAACCCCAGCUCCUCAACGAGUGUAGACGGUUUUGGAACCCCCACUCCAGCUGUGUCCUCCAGCCAGGAUGGCCAGCCCCCCUCUGCACACGGGAGCGCUGAUGGGCUGAGGUUUCGCACAGGACCCGGCAACAACUACGCCUACAACCCCGCCUUCAUGCAAGGACCCUUGCAGCAGGGACUACCUGUGGGUGUACCCGGCUACCCCAUGUACAGCACUAUGCAGCUGCUAUGGUGGCAGCAGAUAUACGCCCGGCACUACUACAUGCAGUAUCAGGCAGCAGUGGCCUCCACCCAGAGCCCCAGCCUGGACCAGCCUUCACCCCCCGGCCUGCCUCCGCCCGCCCAGCCUGUGCUGCCCAAUAACCCCCCCCACGAAGAGCACCCCCCCAACCCCAACAUUCAGAUGAACGCCCAGGGUGGCCCCGUGCUGAACGAGGACGAGUUCAACCGCGAUUGGCUGGACUGGGUGUACACGGUGUCUCGUGCGGCCAUCCUGCUCAGCAUUGUUUACUUCUACUCCUCCUUCAGCCGCUUCGUCAUGGUGAUGGGCGCCAUGCUGCUGCUUUACCUGCACCAGGCCGGCUGGUUCCCCUUCAGGCCCGAGUUGGACCCGCAGAACCCCGGAGCCGAGGCUAACCAGGAGGAGAUGGAGGUGGAGCCACACCGGGAGAUCCAGGAAAUGGAGCGGAUAAUGGACGAAGGGUUGGAGGAAGAGGAGGGAGACAGUGGAGAGGAAGGUCCCGACGGCUCCAUUCCCGGGCCCAGGCCUGGGUUCUUGUCCUCCGCCUGGUCGUUCAUAACAACGUUCUUCACGUCGCUCAUUCCUGAGGGUCCACCCCAUGCUGCCAAUUGAACCCAAUGCAACGCCCCCUACCCCCCUGGAAACCCUGCCCACUGGGACUCCCCCACAUGCUGCUGCUAACAGUCUUUUGAUUUCUGCCUGUGGCCAUUUGCUGAGGUCCACCCCCAUAUUGCCAAUCAAUCUUGCCAUGCUCCACCCCACAGUCAGCUGUACCCCACUCCAUUCAUUUAUAAGGAAUAUGGUCAGCUGUUUGUUUUUUUAUCCAAACCUGAAGGAGGUUUCAAAUCAACAGCCAUUUUAUGCCCUCUGUCUACUGUGUGCCCUUUGUCUAAAGUCAUGACAUUGUCACUUGCAGAAACAUGAAAGGACAUUUGCAUCAAAUCAGGCUAUUGUGCUCUUAUUGUUUGGAAAAGGGGUCACAUCAACUGUGUAUACAGUCAUUUGCAAGAGCGACGAACAACCCACCAUCCGCCGGAUGCCCUUGUGGAAAAAAACAAAAUAUAUCUCAAGGGGCAUUAUCCAAAAACCAAAAUUUCUAACUGAAUGUGCAGUUUCUUUGUAUGUAUAUAGUACAGUAUGUAUUUACAUAUAUAAAUACCUGCAUUUCGGUGCAUAAUGAACUUGAUUAGUUUGAAAGAAGCAUUUUGGAAUAAACCUGCUUCAGUUGCCUUG